CCGUCCACUUCCGUCUUCCGAGUUCUCACUGCAGUGAAAAGCCAAACCAGGGUUCCCUCGCUUAUCAAGUAAAACAGAACACGCACGGAACUCCCCCCUCAACUCUCUUCUCCUCCUCCUCCUCCUCCUCCUCCUCUGUUCCCCUACCUCUGUGGAACCCUACUUUUCCUAUCACAGGGCUUAGGGUUUUGGGAGAAGCAAAUUACCCGAGCCAAUUUCGUCAAAUUAGAGUGCUCAUCGGAACAAUUUACGUCGUUGGCUACGCGCUAUCGCUUCUUCAACGGCGAAGACUUUUGUGUUGAUAUAUUCAAUCUAUAUAUACCUAAUAAAUGAACUCCUGUAUUAAGAGAUCGCCACUGUCGCCGGAGUUCCUGCAGGUCUGAGUCCGCGCGGGCUUACUUCGAUGCGAAACCGCUGCCCUAUCAACUACCAAUUUACGGCAGAAAGAGUCGUGAUACGCUCGUUCGUGGAAAGCGAGAUCGCGCAAUUGGUAUGCUGUAUCAAUCGAACGCGUCGCAGUUGUUAGCGCGUUGAGCGAGCCGUGGUGUAGUAACUGUAGUUGAAUCUACUCGGCGAGCCCGGAACUCUUUCGCCGCUCAAUUUUCGAGGAGAAUGGUUUCGGGCGCUAAUGGGAAACGCGCUGAUGAAAUUCAGGAGGAAUCAGUUGGAGCAUCAGCUCCCAAUGACUACAGCACCAAGGAUCAUGUAGCACUUUACAUAAACACAUCUCAAAGGGGACUCGUCGAUGAGGAAAAGCAUAGCAAAAAUUACCGCGGCCAUUUAGGUUUCGCGAAAUUCGGAUCUUUCGGAUCUAACAAUCAGCCGACGUCGUCGGCUUCCAAGUUUUAUAGGAUUAAAGAUGAAAGGAACGACCCUUCAGGUCAACCAUCUUGUACAAGCUUUCGCGUUCCCUUUAUUAGGAAAAUCGAUUGGGUUUCUCUUUUCAAGAUGUCGAAGGAAUGGAUAAAAGACCCCGUGAACCUGGCACUUUUCGUUUGGAUAACCGGCGUCGCUAUUUCCGGCGCCAUCCUCUUCCUUGUCAUGACCGGAAUGCUGAACAAAGCUUUACCGGAAAAAUCCCAAAGAGACACCUGGUUCGAAGUAAAUAAUCAAAUACUGAACGCGUUAUUCACUCUCAUGUGUCUGUACCGGCACCCAAAGCUGUUCCACCACCUUGCGCUUUUAAUCCGUUGGAGAUCCGACGAUGUCCUUAAACUCCGCAAAAUAUACUGCAAAAAUGGAACCGAGAAACCUAACGAGAGGAAGCAUAUGAUGGUUGUUGUUAUUCUCCUUCAUUUAAAUUGCUUUUCUCAAUAUGCGCUCUGUGGUCUUAAUCUGGGUUACCCUAGGUCGAAGCGUCCGGCCAUUGGAGUCGGCCUCUGCCUCUCGCUAUCAAUUGGUGCGGCAGCUGCUGCAAGUGUGUACAACAUCCUCAGCCCUCUCGGAAAAGACUACGAGACCGGGUCCGAUCAAGAAUCAUCAGGCAGGCCCACACCAACUAUGCAAUCAUUUGAAAAGAGGUUCUCUUUUAUGGCGAGAGAAGGUGGGAGGGUGCCCGAAACUAACCCACAAUGGGUCGGGGGGUUAUUUGAUUUCUGGGACGAUAUUUCUUUAGCCUACCUUUCGAUUUUCUGCAGCUGCUGUGUGUUUGGGUGGAACAUGGAUAGGCUUGGGUUUGGCAACAUGUACGUCCAUGUCGCGACUUUCCUUCUGUUUUGUUUGGCUCCCUUUUUUAUAUUCAACUUGGCGGCAGUCAAUCUCAAUAAUGAAGCAAUUCGAGAGGCGUUGGGUCUCACGGGUUUUGUUCUUUGUAUUUUCGGCUUACUGUAUGGUGGCUUUUGGAGGAUUCAGAUGAGAAAAAAGUUCAAUCUCCCUGGGAAUAAUUUCUGUUGUGGAAGGCCAAAUUUCACGGAUUGUUUCCAGUGGCUCUGUUGCUGCUGGUGCUCUCUUGCUCAGGAAGUGAGGACGGCGGAUUACUAUGAUGUCGUGGAGGAUAAGUUUUAUCUGAAAGAAAGGGGUGGUGAGAAUGGACAUAGAUUGUAUACUCCACCUCCAGAAGUCAGAUUUCCUCAGUUUCGAUCAAAUCCUGUUUCUCCUUUUCAAGGAGAUGUUAACGGUCCUGUAUCCGUGGGGGAGAAUUCGACGAGUCCCCUUAGAUUCGCGGGUGCUUUUGCUUCACAAUGGCCCGCAGCUAUAGCAGAGGAAGGCCCUUCUGAAAGAGUUAAGUAACAGGUAAAAACAAAACCAGCUUCUCUUGUUUUGAUACAUGAGGAAUAUAGAUUCGUUAUUUUUAAGUGUUGUAGGAAUGUAUAACAGUUGCAUUUACUAUGUCAACCAUUGAUAUUGAUGAGUGCUUUCAUUUUUGCGAAUAGAAUUAUAAAUACUUGUCUUUCUACA